AUGGAGAUGAACUAUGAUGAAGGUACUCUCCAUCAAAUCGAGGAUGAGUUGGGCACAACCAUCUAUCCGGGCACGGAGAUCAUGGCCGAUGUGGGCACGCAUCACUUUGUCAAGUCUUCAGCGAAAUCCGACCGAGUGCUGGUGCCACAGCCAUCACAAGAUCCUCAUGAUCCAUUGAACUGGAGUCGAUUCUGGAAAAUGAGCGCGAUGGCUAUUGCUACGGCCACCUCCUUCAGCCAGGGAUUGGGUCCGCUAGCAUUAGCGCCUAUGUUCCCACAACUCAUGGAGACAUUCAAUUCAGAUCUCGCUGGCGUGGUACAGUUUACUGGCAUCUGUAUCCUUAUUUUGGGGUUCAGCAAUUUCUUCUGGAUUCCCAUACAAACCUCUUACGGUCGACGACCUGUCCUGAUCUUCUCAACCCUCAUUUGCCUCGUGAGCAAUAUAUGGCGUGCAAAGGCAAAUACAUAUGGGAGUUACAUGGGCGCUUGUGUGUUGAAUGGGUUUGGUGCUGGUCCUGCAGAGACUUCCCAACCCGAGAUUAUCACGGAUAUAAUGUUCCUUCACGAGCGGGGUGCCUAUAAUACCCUAUAUUUCACUGCAUACUUUGGUUCGCUCAUGGUCGGCCCUAUCAUUGCAGGCCCAAUGGCAGAGCACAUCGGAUGGCGCAGCUUCUUCUGGCUGAAUGUCGGAAUCCUCGGCAUCGUCCUCCUACUGCAGAUAUUCCUCUUCCCCGAAACUAAAUGGCAACGCUCUCGCCCUGAUGAGAUACAUGAGACUCAGAAUGCAGCGCAGAGGGUAACUUCUGAGCCAGAGAAGCCAGGUGCGGUACACCAGAAGGAAAAUAUCGAGGUGGAAGAUGCUGCUGAGCAUGAUCCAUAUCUACACCGCGGCUCUCCUUCAAAGAAACAGUUUAAGCUGUGGCAACUUGAUGGUAAUAACACGAAGACGGUUUUGACCAGCUUCUUAGUCCCGUGGAAGCUGUUGACUUUCCCCAUUGUUGAAUUGGCUGCCUUUGUCGUUUCUUGGUCUGCUAGUUGCUUUUUGACACUGAAUCUCACGCAGAGCCAAGCGUUCGCAGAGCCUCCGUAUAACUUCAACAGUCAGACUAUUGGGUUCUUCAAUUUUGCCAUUCUGAUUGGCGCUUUCAUUGGACUUGCGACUAAUGGCCCCUUCUCGGAUUGGAUAUCCAUGAAAGCCACUCGCAAGAACAAGGGUAUUCGAGAGCCGGAGAUGCGUCUGCCAGCCAUGGCUGUCUAUGUUGUGAUAAUGAUCAUCGGCAAUUUCGUUGUUGCUUUCGGUUAUGAGUAUAAAUGGGAUUGGCGGGCAAUUGUGAUUAUUGGUUAUACCGCAGCAGGUAUCCAAGUUGCAGCACUGCCGGCGAUCGCUAGCACAUACGCUGUGGAUAGCUACAAGCCCGUGGCAGGCUCGAUCUUCGUGUCCAUCACGGUGAACAAGAAUGUCUGGGGAUACGGGUUUAGCAAAUUCAUCACCCCCUGGGUUGAGGAAUCUGGAUUUGUAAAGCCGAUCAUGCUGAACAUGUGUCUGUGUACACUAUGGUGUCUCUUUGCGAUUCCAUUCUACCUAUACGGCAAGAAGUUCAGGGGAUGGACAGCCAAGUCUUCUGUGCACAAGAUGUAG